AUGGGACAAACUGUCUCUACCCCCAAAAGUUUAACUUUACAGCACUUCAAGGAAGUCCGUGACAUCGCCCACAAUCUCUCAGUGGAAGUGCGAAAAGGAAAAUGGGACACCUUUUGUUCAUCUGAGUGGCCAACCUUUAACGUGGGCUGGCCACGAGAUGGCACCUUUAACCUAGAAGUUAUUUUGCAGGUGAAAGCAAAGGUCAUGGACUCUGGACCCCAUGGACAUCCUGACCAAGUCCCAUAUAUCAUCACGUGGGAAUCUCUGGUCAAAGAUCCCCCAUCAUGGGUAAAACCUUUCCUUCCCCCUUGCCCGAAACCUACACCGUCCGCUCCCUCCCUUCCUCCACCACUGAUUCCGACCCCGGUUAACUCCGCCCUUUACCCGGCCCUCACAAAAGCGGUACCGGCGGAGACCUCCGGGCGUAAAAAGAGACCUCCGGUGCUGCCGGCAGACGAGGGCCCCCUUCUGGACCUUCUAACUGAACAACCACCCCCUUACCGGGGCCCAGCCCCCGCCCCUGAACAACAGGCAGGGGCUGCCGGGCAGGGGUCACCGGAAGAACCUGCCUCGUCACCGGAAGGACCCGCCUCGUCACCGGAAGAACCCGCCUCGUCUCCGGUGGCAGGGCGGUUGCGGGGGUGCCGGGAGGUCCCUUCCGGUUCUUCCUCCCAGACUCUUCCGUUGCGGACGGGGCCUGACCGUCAACUCCAAUACUGGCCCUUUUCUGCCUCUGACUUAUAUAAUUGGAAAAAUAAUAACCCUCCUUUCUCAAAGGACCCGUCUAGGUUAACAGCCCUCAUUGAGUCCAUUCUAGUGACUCACCAGCCCACCUGGGAUGACUGCCAACAGCUGCUCCAGACGCUGCUGACUACGGAGGAAAAACAACGAGUCAUCUUGGAAGCCCGUAAACAUGUUCCAGGAGAUGAUGGAUUACCUACUCAGUUGCCCGAUAGAAUAGACGCUGCUGUCCCCUUAGAACGACCUAACUGGGAUUUCUCCACUGAGCGCGGUAGGGAACACCUACGUCUUUAUCGCCAGUUGCUCUUAGCGGGUCUCCGAGGGGCUGCAAGACGCCCUACCAAUUUGGCCCAGGUUAAGUUAGUGACUCAAAAGCCAGAAGAAUCCCCCACUGCUUUCCUAGAACGACUUAAGGAGGCAUACCGUAUGUACACUCCAUAUGAUCCAGAGAACCCAGAUCAGGCAACCAACGUGGCCAUGUCUUUCAUUUGGCAGUCCGCCCCAGAUAUCAGAAAGAAGUUAGAAAGACUAGAAAACUUAAGAGAAAGUUCGGUACAGGACUUGUUAAAAGAGGCAGAGCGGAUUUUUAACAAGAGAGAAACACAGGAAGAAAGAGAUGAGAGGCUAAGAAAAGAAGCAGAAGAGAGAGAAAAUAUGAGAGAACGUAAGAGAAACAGAGAAUUCAGUAAGUUGUUGGCCACCGUAGUGACAGGACCCCGGUCUGACAGGUCAGCGUGGGUCCAGGGGGCUACUGGAGGAAAAAGGUGCCGCUGGACAACCGAAAGAAAAGUACUACUCUCCACCGGUAAGGUGACUCAUUCUUUCCUACAUGUACCUGAUUGCCCUUACCCGUUGCUAGGGAGAGAUCUAUUAACCAAGCUCAAAGCACAGAUUCACUUUGAGGGGACUAAAGCCCAUAUUACGGGGCCACAGGGACAGCCGUUGCAUGUACUGACCUUAAACCUGGAAGAUGAAUACCGGCUAUAUGAGCUUGAGGGGCCUCUGGCCAAGAACAUAUCUGACUGGUUAAAUAACUUCCCAUCUGCCUGGGCAGAAACGGGAGGAAUGGGGCUGGCCACCCAACAGCCACCCCUAAUUAUACCCCUCAAAGCAACCGCAACUCCAGUAUCCAUCAAACAAUACCCUAUGUCUCAAGAGGCCUACCGAGGAAUUCGGCCCCACAUUAAAAGACUCUUAGACCAGGGAAUUCUGACCCCCUGUCAGUCUCCCUGGAAUACACCCCUCCUUCCAGUCAAAAAGCCUGGCACGGGCGAUUAUCGCCCUGUGCAAGAUCUAAGAGAAGUCAACAAACGGGUAGAAGAUAUACACCCAACAGUCCCUAACCCAUACAAUUUGCUGACUGGAUUACCACCAACCUAUGUAUGGUACACGGUCCUGGACCUCAAGGAUGCAUUCUUUUGUUUAAGGCUUCAUCCACAGAGCCAGCCUAUUUUUGCCUUCGAGUGGAGGGACCCAGAGUUGGGACUAUCGGGGCAACUCACCUGGACUAGGCUCCCACAGGGGUUUAAAAACAGCCCCACCUUAUUUGAUGAGGCGUUACACCGGGAUCUGGCCGACUUUAGGGUUCAAAACCCUGCCUUAAUCCUACUUCAAUAUGUAGAUGAUCUCCUCCUGGCUGCAGAGACUGAGGAAAAAUGUAGAGAAGGAACAAAGGCCCUCCUAGUCACCCUGGGAACUCUAGGGUAUCGGGCCUCGGCUAAAAAGGCCCAAAUAUGUCAAAAGCAGGUUACGUACCUAGGUUACCAGAUUAGGGAUGGACAAAGAUGGCUAACAGAAGCACGAAAACAGACAAUCCUGAGUAUUCCAGUGCCUAAGAGCCCACGACAGUUGAGAGAGUUCCUGGGGACGGCGGGGUUCUGUCGGAUCUGGAUCCCAGGGUUCGCAGAGAUGGCUGCACCGCUCUACUCACUUACAAAACCAGGUACCCUCUUUACCUGGGAAAAUGAACAACAAAAAGCCUUUACGGCUAUCAAAAAGGCCUUAUUAACUUCCCCCGCAUUGGGACUUCCUGACUUAAAUAAGCCCUUUGAGCUAUUUAUUGAUGAAAAACAAGGCUAUGCAAAAGGAGUCUUGACCCAAAAACUGGGACCCUGGAGGCGCCCAAUUGCCUACCUGUCUAAGAAACUUGACCCGGUGGCUACAGGAUGGCCUCCCUGUUUGAGAAUGGUCGCAGCAAUUGCUCUCCUAACUAAGGACUCUAGUAAGCUAACUAUGGGACAACCGAUAACAGUUCUGGCUCCUCAUGCAGUGGAAGCCCUGGUUAAACAACCUCCGGGUCGAUGGCUUUCCAAUACCCGUAUGACCCACUACCAGGCCCUACUGCUGGACGCUGACCGCGUACACUUUGGUCCGGUGGUAGCCCUCAACCCGGCAUCAUUACUUCCCCUAUCGGAGAGUCCAGAAACUCAUGACUGUCUCCAGAUACUUGCAGAGGUACACGGCACUCGGCCUGACCUAACCGAUCAGCCCCUGCCCGAUGCUGACUUCACCUGGUACACCGACGGGAGUAGCUUUCUGGACAACGGAGAACGAAGAGCAGGGGCUGCGAUCACCACUGAGACUGAGGUAAUUUGGGCUAAGGCUCUACCACCCGGCACCUCGGCACAACGGGCCGAACUCAUCGCCCUGACUCAGGCCCUCCGGAUGGCGAAAGGUAAGAAGCUCAACGUUUAUACCGAUAGCCGCUAUGCCUUUGCCACUGCACAUAUUCAUGGAGAGAUAUACCGGAGAAGGGGACUAUUAACUUCAGAAGGAAAAGAGAUCAAAAACAAGACUGAGAUAUUAGCCUUGCUUGAGGCAUUGUUUUUGCCUCUAAAGCUGAGUAUCAUCCACUGUCUGGGUCACCAAAAGGGAAAUAGCCCUGAGGCUCGAGGCAACCGUCUGGCAGAUGAGGCUGCCAGAAAGAUAGCACAACAGAAAGACUUUACAAUCUCUCAGACCCUGACCAUAAAGAAAAUAAAGCGAGGAGGAAAACCAGUGUGGCCCCAACGUAUGACUUAUUAUUUGAUUGACCAACUUCAUAAGCUAACCCAUCUGAGUCACAAAAAGAUGAAAACCCUCCUUGAAAGGGAGGAGGACACCCACUAUCUGUUGGGAAAGGACAAAAUUUUACAACAAGUUGCCGAGAGGUGCACCGCGUGUGCACGAGUUAAUGCUGGACAAAACAAGGUGGGCUCCGGGGUCAGAGUGCGAGGGCACCGACCCGGGACUCAUUGGGAGAUUGACUUCACAGAGGUCAAGCCUGGACUAUAUGGAUACCGCUAUUUGCUGGUGUUCAUGGACACUUUCUCCGGAUGGGUAGAGGCUUACCCUACCAAACAUGAAACUGCAAAAGUUGUCACCAAAAAGUUGUUGGAAGAAAUCUUCCCCAGGUACGGUAUGCCACGGGCGUUGGGCUCCGACAAUGGCCCUGCAUUCGUCUCCCGGGUAAGUAAGUUGGUGGCCACAUUACUGGGGAUCGAUUGGAAAUUACACUGUGCAUACCGCCCCCAGAGCUCAGGACAGGUAGAGCGUAUGAAUAGAACAAUUAAGGAGACUUUAACUAAAUUAACGCUUGCAACUGGCGAGAGAGACUGGGUGACCCUCCUUCCCUUGGCGCUAUAUCGGGCCCGGAAUACUCCUGGCCCUCAUGGACUUACCCCCUUUGAAAUCCUCUAUGGUGCCCCUCCCCCAGCUGUUCAUUUCUUAGAUUCUGAUAUAGGUGGCUUCGCUAACUCUCCUUCCCUUCAGGCUCAUCUGCGGGCGCUUCAAAUAAUACAACGAGAAGUGUGGAAGCCUCUGGCAGCUGCAUACCAAGAACGGCUAAACCAACCUGUGGUACCACAUCAAUUCCAGAUCGGGGACGUGGUCUGGGUGCGACGACAUCAGGUCAAGAACUUGGAACCGCGCUGGAAGGGGCCCUACACUGUACUGCUGACGACACCUACAGCCCUAAAGGUAGACGGCAUCGCCGCCUGGGUCCACGCCUCCCACGUCAAAGCCGCCGCCCCCGAGGACCAGCUCGACAACCCAGACUCGAAAGCCAGAUGGAAACUUCACCGCACUCAAAAUCCACUAAAGAUAAGAUUGACUCGUGGGGAGCCCUAA